CUGAAGUCUGCUGCACUGCACACACCUCGCGCCGCUCACUUUCAGGCUCUGAAAACAACGUAUCACCUGGAGACAGAAGCAAAGGCUGCCAUUUAUUGUAACUCCAAGAUGGACAUGAAAGAGGAGAUGGGUGAAGCAGAUUUGAAGGCCUUGGAGAUAAUGACUGUGAGCAUUAAAGAGGAGGACUGUGAAUGGGACUCUGGAGAUCAUAACCAGGAUGGUCUCUGCAUUAAGGAUGAGGAUUAUGAGUCUGUGACCGUGGGCACCAAAGAAGAGACCAGGGAGACGUCUCUCAGCAUUGAGAUGCACAAUCAUAAAAGUGUGGAGCCCGUCGAGCUCAAGGGGAGAUCUGAAUCAUUACAAACGGACACAAAGAGGACUCCGAAUGUUUCAUCUGUUCAAAGUCCACAGAAUUGGACAUCACCUUCAAAUCAAUUUGGAGAAAGGGACAAAGCACACUCCUGUUCUGAAUGUGGCAAACGAUUCUGUGACCGGAGUACUCUUCAGAAACACACUAGGAUUCACACUGGUGAGAAGCCCUACUACUGUUCUGAAUGUGGCAAAAGGUUCUCCCAGAUUGCCCAUCUUCAGAGACACUCACGAAUUCACACUGGAGAGAAGCCAUACUGCUGUUCAGAAUGUGGUAAGCGAUUCUCACGAAUCACCCAUCUUGAGACCCACACUAGAAUUCACACAGGAGAAAAACCAUAUGGCUGUUCAGAAUGUGACAAACAAUUUUCUCGAAUCGCCAGUUACCUGAGACAUGCAAAGAUUCACACUGGAGAGAAGCUGUACAGCUGCUCUCAAUGUGGCAAACGAUUCUCACGAAUCUCUCAUCUCCAGACCCACAUUAAAAUUCACACUGGUGAGAACUCAUUUUGUUGUACUGAAUGUGGUGAAGGAUUUUCUCAAUUAAGUGAUCUCCAGAGUCAUGCAAAAACUCAUACUGGUGAGAAACCAUAUUACUGCAGUGAAUGUGGCAAACAAUUCAAACAUAUGAUCAGCCUUCAGACCCACAUACGUAUUCACACGGAAGAGAAACCAUUUUGCUGUUCUGAGUGUGACAAACAGUUCCUUUAUAGAAGCAGUCUUCUAACCCACUCAAGAAUUCAUAUGGGAGAGAAAACUCACUGCUGCCCUACAUGCGGCAAACGGUUCUCAAAAGUGGUCACGCUUAAGAGCCACAUUAAAAUUCACACUGGAGCGAAGCCAUAUUCUUGUUCUGAAUGUGGAAAACAAUUCUCUGGCAACAGCUAUCUAGUGAUACACAAAAGAAGUCAUACUGGGGAGAAGCCAUAUUCUUGUUCUGAAUGUGGAAAACAAUUCUACGACAGCAGCCAUCUCCAGAGACACAAAAGAGUUCACACUGGCGAGAAGCCAUAUUGCUGUGUGGAAUGUGGUAAUCGGUUCUCAAGGAAGGUCAACCUUAAGACCCACAUCAGAAUUCACACUGGGGAAAAGCCAUAUUCUUGUACUGAAUGUGGAAAACAGUUUUCGGAUGGUAGUCAUCUUCAGAGGCACAAAAGAAUCCACACAGGAGAGAAGCCAUAUUGCUGUUCUGAAUGUGGGAAACGAUUCUCACGAAUUAGCUGCCUUCACAGCCACUCAAGAAUUCACACUGGGGAGAAGCCCUAUUGCUGUAUGGAAUGUGGCAAACAGUUUGCACAAUUAAGUAGUCUACAUACUCACACAAGAAUCCACACUGGGAGUGAUAGUGUAAAAAGUCCACUUACAGUCGGAGAUAAACGAAAACACAAAAAUCGGGUAGCGACAUGCACUUUUCGUCCACCGCCUAAAUCGACCGGGCCACACGAGCUGACCGGUCUGCCAAACAUUAGUAGCCCCGAAGACGUCAGAGUGUCAAAGUUCGCACCCGAGCGGCACAAGGCGCAUGCUCAGUGCUCGCCGCGUGACGACAUCAAGGUCGUCGGAAAACGAAGCCGCGGUGCUGCCAACAGUUGGGCAGUAAACCAGCUGAUGUUAUUGUGCAGCGUGCUGGUGAGUCAAGAGCGUGAACACCAAAGAAUCACAUCACCGAGAGAGCUAAACGAGCCUUCUAUCAAGGUGAAGUCUGAAUCAUCACAGUCUGGCACAAGGAGAACUGAGGAAACUUCAUCUGUUGGAACUUGGGUAGUUCAGCAACCACCUACAAAUCACUCUGGAGAAAGAGACAAGCCUCACUGCUGUUCUGAGUGUGGCAAGCGAUUCUCACGAGUCAUCUACCUUAGGACCCAUGCAAAGACUCACACAGGAGAGAAGCCGUACUGCUGUUCUGAAUGUGGUAAGCGGUUCACACGAAGUGACAACCUUAAAACCCACACAAGACUUCACACAGGAGAUAAGCCAUAUGACUGUUCAGAAUGUGGCAAACGAUUCAUGCGAGUCAAUAUCCUUCAGACUCACAUGAGAAUUCACACGGGAGACCAGAGAUUUUGCUGUUCUGAAUGUGGAAAACAAUUUUCUGAUAACAGCAAUCUUCGCAUCCACACCAGAAUUCACACUGGAGAGAAGCCUUAUUGCUGUGCUGAAUGUGGCAAAACAUUUUGCAAUUCAAAUCUUCAGAAGCACAGUAGAAUUCACACUGGUGAGAAGCCUCAUUGCUGUCCUGAAUGUGGCAAACAAUUCUCCAGGAUUGCCAACCUUCAGGUUCAUGCUAGAAUUCAUACUGGGGAGAGGCCAUAUUGCUGUUCUAAAUGCGGUAAGCGAUUUUGUGUAAUGAAAAGUCUCCAGGUUCACGCAAGAAUUCACACUGGGGAGAAGCCAUUUUGCUGUUCUGAAUGUGGCAAGAAGUUCUCUGACAAGAGUAGUCUUUACCGGCACACCAAAAUUCAUACUGGAGAGAAGCCAUAUUGCUGUUCAAAAUGUGGGAAGCGUUUCUCCAGCAGGAGCCAUUUUCAAAUCCACAUGAGAAUUCACACAGGAGAAAAGCCAUACUGCUGUUCUGAAUGUGGCAAGCGAUUCUCCAACUGCACACACCUACAGCAUCACACAAGAAUUCACAAUGGAGAGAAGCCAUAUUGCUGUUCUGAAUGUGGAAAAAGCUUCUCCAGGCAUAGCAGUCUUGUGGUGCACAUGAGAGUUCACACUGGAGAGAAGCCAUAUUGCUGUCCUGAAUGUGGCAAACUGUUCACAGACAGGAGUGGUCUUCGUUACCACACAAGAAGUCAUGCCAAUGGGAAGAAUGUGGAGACUACACUGAACCUUCAUGGCAAACGUAAGAGACCAAAAAGAAAUGCAGUACAGAAUUGUGAUACUGUUAGUGAGGGAGGUUCAAUCCUAUCGUGACAGCAUUGGAAAAAAAAAACACAUGGAGACCCCCAGAAGAAAUUGUAUUACUGCUUGAAAUGUAGCAGGUGCUAUUGGCAGGCCACAUACGGUAUACGGAUCCAUAAUGUGGGGGAGCCUUCUUACUGUUUCUAAUGUGGGAACUUUGAUGACUUGAUAUGAACUCAUGGAGUUUCCCAUUAGACAGAACCCUAAUAGCGUUUCUGAAUGAAGCACAUGAUUUUUCAGAUUUGGACAGUAGUGCCUGGAGAAAACAUAUUUUAAUAUUGUGAGUGUUUGUACUCACUUUGAGCAGUCAGAAGAACUACUCUGGAGUUCCCAUAAGGUCACUUCAAGGCAUCAAUAAAACAAAAUGUUCAAACAAUUUAGUACCAGUUCUGAUAGACAAAGCUAGAGAUGGGGCACAUCUUUUGUAACAAUCAGAAGGCAAUGAUGGAUGAAGAGGCAAAAACAUUGGCAGACUCCUACAUUGAUAACUCUUAAAUGAAAACCCCAGCAGCAGAAACACUGGGAGCCACACACUAGAAAGAGAAACAGAUUAGGAGAUGUAAAUCCAUGGAACAUUCCAGUCCCAACUGACAAAAAAACAAAUGCCGGCAAAUACGACAUAAUGAGGCAGGAAGUGGGUCCUGGUGGUUACGGCUUUGGACUCUGAAGUUCUGAGAUUAAAUAGUUUGAAUCUAUCUGACUAUUAUAUAGUGCAUACUAUGCCAAAAUUAUAAUCCUAUCUAUCUAUCUAUCUAUCUAUCGAUUGAUCGAUCGCUCACUGUUUAGGUGAAAUAGGAAAACAGAAAUCUAAAUGAUUAGGAAAUGGAAUGGAAGAUAGGCCAGAUAUGUAGAAGAAACAUUAAAUCUGUGCCAGCAGGGUCCUGUUUGACUUUGACGGUUUUCAAGACACACGCUCACAAGUUGUCUUAUCUCUUUAAGCAAUAUGGAGACUCUUUGCUGCUCAGAUUGAUGGGAGAACUUAUAUGCCACAGUGCUUCUAUGUUCCAUCUGGUUGUGCCCACAUCCCCCAGCCCCACACUCUGGGGCACAACGUGGAUGGUUAGAGCUCCAUAAGUCCAAUCCAAAGAAACAUUGAGGCCCAUAAUUGUGUUAAUUAUUAUCAUCCCUUACAAAUUUUAAAAGGAGUUUAACUUCUGACAAUGCACCAGGACUCUAACAUGGAGCAGAACAUAUAAAAAAAUUAAAGUGUUAACAAUUCCACCAGUUUCAAGUUAUGAUUGAGGUUUAUGUACAUCCCGAUAGUGUCAAACAGAAACCUUGAGAGAAAAAGUAGCGUUCCCAAGUAAAUACUUAGUGAUUGGAAUAGAGAGACCUACAACUAGGAUAAAUAUCGAAAGUUGCUGUCUAAUGUGAAUCCAAACAAGCUUUUUAUUCAUCCAUCCAUCCAUCCAUUUCCUUCCCCUUUUCCAGAUCUUUCUUCAUCCAUCCAUCCAUCCAUUA